AUGUCUUUCUUCUUCUUCUCCGCCUCCUCCCCUCCUUCUUCUUUUUCUUUAUCUUCUCCUCCUUCCCUCUUCUUCUCCUCCUCCUCCUCCCUUCUUUCUUUCUUUCUUUCUUUCUUUCUUUUUUUCUUUCUUCUUCUUCUUCACACUGUUUUCUUUCCCACUGCUGUUGUUGGUGGUGAUGAUAAUGUUGAUGGUGGUGAUGUUGAUGAUGAUGAUGAUGGUGCUGGUGGUGAUGGUGAUGAUGAUGUUGAUGAUGUUGAUGGUGGUGGUGGUAAUGAUGAUGAUGUAGUUGUUGUUGGUGGUGGUGAUGAUGAUGAUGUUGGUGGUGGUGAUGAUGAUGAUGAUGAUGAUGGUGGUGGUGAUGAUGAUGGUGGUGGUGGUGGUGGUGGUAGUGGUGGUGUUAAUGAUGAUGUUGGUGGGGGUGGUGGUAAUGAUGAUGAUGUUGUAGCUGUUGUUGUUGGUGGUGAUGAUAAUGUUGAUGAUGGUGGUGAUGAUGAUGAUGGUGGUGGUGGUGGUGGUGGUGGUGGUAAUGAUGAUGAUGGUGCUGGUGGUGGUGGUGGUGAUGAUGAUGAUGGUGGUGGUGGUGGUAAUGAUGAUGAUGCAGUUGUUGUUGUUGGUGAUGAUGAUGAUGUUGAUGGUGGUGGUGAUGAUGAUGAUGAUGAUGAUGGUGGUGAUGAUGAUGGUGGUGGUGGUGGUGAUGAUGAUGAUGAUGGUGGUGGUGGAUCUGUCUAUCCCCAAUCCCCUGCCAAAACAGAGAGUUCGAUAGCCACACAGUCAGAGACUGCGGUUGCCGAUAUUAAGCGGGUUCGGAUCUGUUCAGUCAGAGCAGAGAGUUCGAUAGAAGGUCAGAGAUUGCGGUCGACUGCCGAUAUUAAACGGGGAUCUUCCCAAUCCCCUGACAAAGCAGAGAGUUCGAUAGGACUGCGGUCGACUGCCGAUAUUAAAUCCCCAAUCCCCCCGCCAAAGCAGAGAGAUCUGUCUAUCCCCAAUCCCCCAAAGCAGAGAACAGAGAGUUCGAUCAGAAGCGGUCGACUGCCGAUAUUCAACGGGAUCUGUCUAUCCCCAAUCCCCAAAGCAGAGAGUUCGAUAGAAGUCGCAGUCAGAGACAGCGGUCGACUGCCGAUAUUAAGCGGGUUCGGGAUCUGUCUAUCCCAACCCCCUGCCAAAGCAGAGAGUUCGAUAGAAGUCGCACACAGUCGAGAUCGGUCGACUGCCGAUAUUAAGCGGGUUCGGGAUCUGUCUAUCCCCAACCACCCGCCAAAGCAGAGACCAGAGAGUUCGAUAGAAGUCGCAAGUCAGAGAUUGCGGUCGACUGCCGAUAUUAAGCUGUCUGUCUAUCCCCAAUCCCCUGCCAAAGCAGAGAGUUCGAUAGAAGUCACAGUCAGAGAUUGCGGUCGACUGCCGAUAUUAAGCGGGUUCAGGAUCUGUCUAUCCCCAAUCCCCCGCCAGAGCAGAGAGUUCCAGAGCAGGAGUAUCCACAGUCAGAGAUUGCGGUCGACUGCCGAUAUUAAGCGGGUUCAGGAUCUGAUCUGUCUAUCCCCAAUCCCCUGCCAAAGUCGAAGUCUCGCCGAUAUUAAGGGGGUCAGGAUUCGGGAUCUGUCUAUCCCCAAUCCCCUGCCAAAGGACACAGUCAGAGAUUGCGGUCGACUGCCGAUAUUAAGGUCUUCGAUAGAAGUCGCACACAGUCAGAGAUUGCGGUCGACUGCCGAUAUUAAGCGGGUUCAGGAUCUAGCAGAGAGUUCGAUAGAAGAUCAGAGACUGCGGUCGACUGCCGAUAUUAAGCGGGUUCAGGAUCUGUCUAUCCCCAAUCCCCCAAAGCAGAGAGCUUCGAUAGAAGUCGCACACAGUCAGAGAUUGCGGUCGACUGCCGAUAUUAAGCGGGUUCAGGAUCUGUCUAUCCCAAUCCCCUGCCAAAGCAGAGAGUUCGAUAAGUCGCACACAGUCAGAGACUGCGGGUCGACUGCCGAUAUUAAACGGGUUCAGGAUCUGUCUAUCCCAAUCCCCGCCAAAGCAGAGAUCUGUCUAUCCCCAAUCCCCUGCCAGAGCAGAGAGUUCGAUAAGUCGCACACAGUCAGAGAUUGCGGGUCGACUGCCGAUAUUAAACGGGUUCAGGAUCUGUCUAUCCCCAAUCCCCGCCAGAGCAGAGAGUUCGAUAGAAGUCUUCAGGAGAUCCCCAAUCCCCUGCCGCAUACAGUCAGAGACUGGGGUUCGGGAACCGUUACCCCCCGGACGAAACUUUAUAAAAAUUCGAUAUGA